AUGGUUCAGAAGGGACCCGGCGUCGACUUCGUCGAGAAGCCCGAUGAAUCUUCUCAGCAGAUCGAGAAUGGCGUCCUCACGCCCGCUCAAAUCCAGCACCGAUUUGAGACAUUGAGAGACCUCGACGAUGAACAGAUGGCCGCCCUCAAUAAGAAGGUCGUCAAGAAGAUCGACUGGCGGCUCAUGCCCUGUAUCACGCUCAUGUUUUUGAUGAACUACCUUGAUCGCAUCAACGUCUCCAAUGCUCGUCUCGCCGGUCUCCAAGAUGAUCUGAAGAUGAGCGACACCGUCUGGAACGCAGGAAUUAGUACUUUCUACGUCGGAUAUCUGAUUGGACAACUGCCCGGCAACUUAUGGCUUGCGAAAGCCAACCCCAGCAAAUUCCUGCCCAUCAUCAUGCUUGCAUGGAGCGCUGCUACUAUUUGCAUGCCGGCCAUGAAAAAUGGUGCUGGUUUCUGUACUGUUAGAUUCGUCAUUGGAUUCUGCGAGGCUCCCUUCUUCCCUGGAAUUACCUUGAUUACGUCCUCAUGGUACAACAAGCAAGAGAAUCCCACUCGCAUGGCGGUCUGGCACGCCGGCAACACCAUCUCAAACAUCAUUUCUGGCUUCCUUGCCGCAGGAAUUCUGGAACACAUGGACAACGUUGGCAACCUCCAUGCCUGGCAAUGGUUCUUCAUCAUCGAAGGCGCUGCAUCUAUCUUGGUGGCUCUUUCGGGCUUCUACCUCCUUCCCGAUUGGCCCCACAACACCAAGUUCCUCACCGAGGAAGAAAAGGAGAUGGCUCAGUACCGCAUCCUUGUCUCCAACGGUGGACGGGAUGAGGGCGUCGGUGGCACCUGGGACGGACUCAAGGAGGCUGUCAGGGAUCCUUUCACUUGGUUGUUCUGCGGCAUGCACUUUGCUCUGAUCACGGCCCAGAGUUUCAAAGACUUUUUCCCGUCGAUCCUCGAAACUUUCGGCUUCGACAAGAUGACCACCUACCUCGUACAGGCACCACCAUACGCCAUCGCGUACGCGAGUGCAUGUUUGAUCGCUUGGACGUCGGGCAAGUUCCAGGAGUCGUGUUACCACAUCAUUGUCCCGAUCGUGCUCGCGGCGGCCGGUGCGUCGAUGCUGAUCUCGACCUUGAACGUCGGGGCGCGCUACUUCGGGCUCAUCCUCCUCGUCAGCGGCACCUACAACGGCCUGAACCUGCAGCUGUCCUGGGAAACGACGCUGGUCCCGGCGCCCAAGAGCAAGAAGGCGGCGCUGAUCGCCAUCGCCAACUGUAUCUCGCAGACGAGCCACUGGUUCAGCCCGUACUUCUUCCCGACGUCCCAGGAGCCGUUCUACCGGCUCGGCGGCGGCCUCAUCCUGUUCGGCUGCCUGAUGACCUGUCUGCUCUGCUGGGGGAUCAAGUGGAGAGCGAAGAAGUUGAACAAGAAGCUCGACGAGCUGGAGGGCUACUCUGCCCACUCGGGCAACGAGAGAGGAUGGCGCUACGUCUACUGA